AAUGUCCUGCUGUGUGCGGUUCUGUCCAGCAGGCGGCGGUGUUUCUAUCUACGUCGGUUGCUGUGGCUCGUCUGCUCUGCGGCUGCGCGCAAAGUUAUUCGACCCUCAAACCCGGAUGCAACCAACGCCUAACCUGUCUGAAGAAAAACGAUGCAGACUAUAAAAUGUGUAGUGGUAGGGGACGGUGCAGUAGGAAAGACCUGCUUACUGAUCUCCUACACAACCAACAAGUUCCCCUCAGAAUAUGUGCCUACGGUUUUUGACAAUUAUGCAGUGACUGUGAUGAUUGGGGGAGAGCCCUAUACGCUUGGCCUGUUUGACACAGCAGGUCAGGAGGAUUAUGACAGGCUGCGUCCUCUCAGCUAUCCACAGACAGAUGUGUUCCUCGUAUGUUUCUCUGUUGUCUCCCCCUCAUCAUUUGAAAAUGUCAAAGAGAAGUGGGUUCCUGAGAUUUCUCACCACUGCCCACGCACACCUUUCCUGUUAGUGGGUACACAGAUGGAUCUGCGGGAAGAUAGCAACACGGUCGAGAAGCUGGCAAAGAACAAGCAGCGCCCCCUAUAUCCUGAGAGUGGAGAGAAGCUGGCUCGUGAGCUGAAAGCUGUCAAAUACGUGGAGUGCUCUGCUCUGACACAGCGAGGGCUUAAAAACGUGUUUGACGAGGCCAUCCUGGCAGCCUUGGAGCCUCCUGAGACCAAAACCAAGAGAAAGUGUGUCCUGCUAUAGAUGAACAACAACAGUGAGAGACGUAACGGUGUGAGAAAUAGGCGGGGUGAAUCAAAUCAUCAGAAAGAUCAAUGGCCAUUAUGAAAAAAUGGACAAAACAAAAGGGGAAGGGAGGUACAGUGCCAUUGAGACUUAUUCUAAUACAAGUGUACACUGAUUGUGCCUUCAAAAUAAACUUUGAAAGAUGCUGAGGGAAUAAAACUUCAGCAUGCAGUAAGUGUCACCUAACUCCUUUUCUGAAAGCUUUUAAAAUUGCAGUGUUCUCUCUACAAAUAUUGAGGUGGGGCGGGCCCCCCCUGCCUGUCACUGUUGCUCCAUUUCUUUUUUUAAGCAAAUAUUCUUUUAUCUAGCCACUUUUGGCCUCCUCUGUGUUUUACUUAUUUUGGCGAUUGGGGCUUUAAAACCCAGUGUAGGGAAACACUUUUAACAUUAAGUUUUUUAGUGAACUUUGGUAAGGGGCAACUUAAUGUUAAGUGGUUCUCUAUUAGCUUUCUUUUCUGACCCUUUUGGAUUGAAUAAUGAAAGCACAAGAGAUUUGUUGUCACUCCAAGCAAAGGUAGAUGUCUGUAAUACUUUCUUUCCAGUUCCCCUCCUUCUGGGGAGGCCAAGUGCAUUUCCACAAAUUUCCCUUCUUUAGUGGACUUAUGAAUUUCUAUUUUAUUCUUCUUUUGUGUAUAUUGUAUUAAUUCUGUGACUCUGUUUUGGGAAACUUUUAGCAGUUAUUCCUUUUGAAACUUGAGUUUUUAUUUUAUCAAGAUUUUUUUUUUUAUUGCUAGACUGCCAACUUUGAGCAAUUGAUAAUAUAACAAAUUAAGUUUUAAUAUUUUGAAUAGAUCUUAAUUGUGUUAGAUUGAGAUGUUAACCUUUUGCUAGUAAAUUUCUGGGUGUUUGUAAUCACAGGAUAUUUUUAAUAAAAUGGUUCAAGGACAUGGAAA